AUGGAGUUAUUAAAGAGUAUUAAUAAUAAAGAAAUUUUUAUGGAGGUUCUCCAUCUUUCUAUUGAGUUCUUAAUUGGAAACAUCAACGAGCAACAGGCUCUACGCUUUUCUCAUAAAUAUGGAUUUCAAAAUCCUGACGACUUCUUACUGGCUACACGAACGAUCUCUAAAUACUACCAACAAUGUUGUACAGAUGGUGGUGAAACUGACAUUUCUGAAAAGUUGCCACACUUAAGUCCCGAAUUAGGACCGCUUGUACCAUUGGUGCUCGCUGCAAGAUUGGAUGCAGUCGAGCAUGCUCUUAGGAGAAGUGAGUACCUGAAGAAGGAUAUCAAGAGCGUUGUAUCUUUUUCCUGGGAUACACGUUUAAUAUUGGGAGACAGCAGUUUCAGAAGCAAUAUUCGACAGGUGUCUACCAUAAAUUUACAUUGCCAGUUACAUUCAAAACAAGAAAAUAUAUAUUUUGAAAUGGAUUUAGGGAAGCUUUGCGCUAUGAUUGAGGUAUUGGAGAAGUCACUUAAAAGGGACAAAGCAAUUAAAUAAUGAUAAAAUUGUUUAUGCA